AUGCCAAGCUCCAGAGCCUCAGAGAACAAAACCCAGAUGGGUUUGUGUCUUCUUCAAACCAACCCAUCUUCUUCUAGUGAGAGAAGAGGGCGAAAAAAGCAAGGAGAAGCAGGAAGAUUUCUGGGGGUGAGAAGACGACCUUGGGGAAGAUAUGCUGCAGAAAUUAGAGACCCCGCAACUAAAGAAAGGCACUGGCUUGGGACUUUUGAUACUGCUCAAGAAGCUGCUUUAGCUUAUGACAGAGCUGCUUUGUCCAUGAAAGGAUGCCAAGCAAGAACCAACUUCGUAUACACUACUGACAAUACAACCUUUGACAAUACUCUUCUUUGUCCCUUUGAUGUUCAGCUUCAGUCACUCUUUAACACUACUCAGAUGAAACAGUCAAUCAACCAGAACAGGCCACCUCAGCUUUCUGAGACUUCCCAGAUUGAGACUACUGCUGCAUGUGAUUCUUCUUCAGCUCAGGAGGCUGAUAGCUUACUCUUCUUCUCCAAUGGUGAUUCUAAGUCAGGUUACUUGGAAUGCAUAGUUCCUGAUGUCUGUUUCAGACCACCACCAUCUUCUUCUAAUGAUAGCAACAGUUCAAACUCCAUAAAGAACAAUGGUGCCUUAAUUCCCUGUGCCGAUGCAAAUGACCAAAAGAUAUCUCAAGAAGCUGUGAAGAACAUGGCUUCAAGCUAUGGAAAUUUCACCUAUCCAAAUGAACUCGGGCAAGAAACAUUCUGGGACUGGAGCUGCAGUGAACUUGCUGCUAUAUUUAACAGUCCAUUAAAGGUUGAAGACACAGACACUUCAAGCUGCGGGAUAAUCUCUCAGGCUGCUGCAACUGCUCCAUCAACCACUUAUGCUCCAUCACUUCCUUCAUUUGAUGUUGAUUUGGCAUACACACUCUUCUGA